UUGCUAGCUUAAUCCCUACGGCGAUCAGUUGGGUGUGAGGCUUCCACUUGGCAGGAGGAAUCGUUUUGAAGUUGGUUUCUUGUCCUCUACGAAGCUACCCUGAACUUAUAUUAUUCUAGUUGCUAGUGACCAUGCUGUGAUUUAGUGUCUUUACUUAAGAAUCAUUGAAGUGUAAAAUAUAUUAUUAUAAAUUCAAUAACUUGCUGCCUCUACCCUACCUUAAUUAUUUUAAUUUCUGUCGUGAAACCGCGAAAUCGAAGCUAUGUCGAUGUGUUUGCGAGGUCUGGGCCAUAUCCGUGGAGUGAUGAUUUGGAACCGGAGCCGGUACCAACAUUUUGUGAAAAAUGGAAGAAAUUUUUCUAUUGUUGGCAGCUCUGGAGUCAAUGCCUAUCUGGCUGAACAAGUGAGCAAAGCAAGCCGAGCCUCGGCUAACCGCACUCUGCACUCAAUUCACGACCGUACACGAGCAACAAUUGCUGAACGCAGCCAGCUUAAGGAAGCUCGCCGAAUGGUGGUUAAACUGGGUAGUGCGGUUAUUACGCGGGAAGACGAACACGGGCUGGCACUGGGGCGGCUUGCUUCGAUCGUCGAACAAGUGGCUGAGUACCAUGUCGAGGGUCGGGAAUGUAUCAUGGUGACCAGCGGUGCGGUGGCCUUCGGCAAACAGAGACUAACUCAGGAAUUGCUGAUGUCAAUGUCCAUGAGGGAGACUCUUUCACCGACGGAUCACACUCGACAGGAUGCGGGAACAAUGGUCGAACCACGGGCCGCAGCGGCUGUCGGUCAGUCCGGACUGAUGUCGCUGUAUGACGCGAUGUUUGCUCAGUACGGGAUCAAGGUGGCGCAGGUGUUGGUAACAGAGCCGGACUUUUAUAAUGAAGAAACUAGGAAGAAUCUUUUUAGUACUUUGUCCGAGUUGAUUAGUCUGAACAUUGUGCCGAUCAUCAACACAAACGAUGCAGUGAUGCCGCCAAUGUUUAUCGUUGACCAGGAAAUUUCCGGGUUGGGAAAAAAGAAAGGCAUCAAAAUUCGGGAUAAUGACAGUUUGGCAGCACUGUUGGCAGCUGAGAUCCACGCCGACUUGUUGAUUUUGAUGUCGGAUGUCGAUGGAAUCUACAACAAGCCACCGUGGGAGGACGGUGCACGAUUGAUGCAUACCUAUACUACAGCGGACAAGGAUUUGAUAAAGUUCGGACAGAAAUCGAAGGUCGGCACCGGCGGUAUGGAUUCCAAAGUAACCGCUGCCACGUGGGCUUUGGAUCGUGGAGUAAGCGUCGUAAUUUGCAAUGGAACCCAGGAGAGUGCAAUUAAACUAAUUUUAACAGGUCGAAAGGUGGGCACGUUCUUCACGGAAUCUACGGCGGAAAAGGCCGCUAAUGUAGAGCAUCUAGCGGAGGAUGCUCGUACUGGCAGUCGAGUUUUGCAAAAUCUAUCGGCAAGUGAACGCGCAUUGUGCGUUAACACGUUGGCAGAUUUGUUGAUCUCCAAACAGGCAAAGAUCUUGGAAGCAAACGCCAAGGAUCUGGACGAAGCCAAAAAGUCCGGUGUAGCAAAACCUCUGCUGUCGCGUUUGUCCCUGACUUCGGCCAAGAUUGAAAGUUUAGCGGUUGGUUUGAAGCAAAUCGCUGACGACAGUCACAAGAAUGUCGGCCGCGUGAUUCGUCGUACAAGACUAGCUGAUGGGUUGGAGUUAAAGCAGGUUACCGUUCCGAUUGGGGUGUUGCUGGUUAUUUUCGAAUCGCGGCCGGAUUCUUUACCACAGGUCGCAGCCCUUGCAAUGGCAUCUGGAAACGGUUUGCUGCUUAAGGGUGGUAAAGAAGCUGCCCACAGCAACCGAGCUUUGAUGGAAUUAGUAAAGGAAGCGCUGACAGUGGUCGGUGGGGCCAAGGCGAUCUCAUUGGUGUCUACCCGUGAAGAAAUCGGCGAUCUUCUCUCGAUGGAUAAGCAUAUCGAUUUGAUUAUUCCUCGUGGUUCAAGUGAACUGGUUCGAAGCAUUCAGGAGAAGUCACAACAUAUUCCGGUAAUGGGGCAUGCGGAAGGAAUUUGUCAUGUUUUCGUCGAUAAGGAAGCCAACCUGGAUAAGGCGAUGAAGAUCAUUCGGGACGCUAAGUGCGAUUACCCAGCUGCAUGCAACGCUAUGGAAACGUUACUGAUUCAUGAGGAAUUAUUAGAAGGGAACUUCUUUGCCGACGUGUGUAACAUGCUUAAACGUGAAGGUGUUAAGAUCAACUCUGGCCCCAAACUAAAUCAGCAGUUGACAUUUGGUCCGCCGCAAGCGAAAUCUCUGAAGCACGAGUAUGGUGCACUUGAGUGCACUAUUGAAGUUGUGAGGGACCUGGAGGAAGCUAUUGAUCACGUGCAUACCUACGGAAGCGGUCAUACCGAUGUCAUAGUAACAGAAAACGAGAAGUCAGCUCGAUACUUCCAAAACCACGUGGACAGCGCUUGCGUGUUCCAUAAUGCAAGCAGCCGAUUUGCCGAUGGAUUCAGGUUCGGUUUGGGGGCGGAAGUUGGCAUUUCUACCGCCAGAAUCCAUGCCAGAGGCCCAGUCGGAGUGGAAGGUUUGCUGACUACUAAAUGGAUUCUCGAUGGAGUGGAUCAUGCUGCGGCCGACUUCAGCGAUGGCUCCCGGAAAUGGAUACAUGAAUCACUGCCGCUCAAUUGACUCCGGCGCAUUAAAGCAAUCAUCAUCGAUAGACUCCAACAUCUGUAGAAAAAACCCACCCAUUUUAUUCGUUUCUUUGUUUUGUGUAAAUGAUGCCUUUUGGCAUUUAAUCAUCGCCUCUUUGUUAGAAUAAAGCUCAUCACGAUAGAAUAAUUGAAAAGUUA